AAGACCCAGCGCAGGAAAACUAGCCGUUACGAGGCCGAGCGUCCUAAGCUCAACGUUCUUCUUUUUCUCCACCUUUCUCUUCAAUCAUCACUCUCCCUCAAAUCAUCAAUGAGAUUCAAGGAACUCUUACUGUAAUUAGAAACGCUCUCUUGCUUUCUCUCUCUAAAAGAGCGAAUUUCCCAACCAAUUCUCCGGCGAUCUUCCCCAUGGAAUCGAGUUCGAAGUUUGCCGGAGGAGUGGUUACUCCGACGAAAGAAAAACCCACUUCAGAUCGAUUGAAAUUGAGCGAAAGGGGGAAGUGUUCCGAGAAUGUCAAUCCAAAUGUGUCGAGUCCUGGACUGAAGUUCUGCCAUUCACCAUCGGUUGUCAAGUCCGGGAACAGCGCCAAAAAAUCCGCUUCCAGAAAGCCAAACCCCAACCAAGUGGCUACUCCGUCGCCGAAAAAGAAGAUUCGAGAGAGGAAGUUUGUGGUUGCGAAGAAGAAGUGGAGGAAGGAGGAAGUGGAUUCUUCAGCCGCUGCUGUCGCUUGUGGGAAGUGUAGGAAGGCGAACGGGAAAUCCAAGUGUUUAUGUGUGGCCUAUGAGAGUUUGAGGGCUUCUCAGGAAGAAUUUUUCAAGAAUCGCAGUGAAAUAGACCAUGAGGUUGAUUUUGAUAAGGUAAGGGAGUGCGACGAUGGAUCUGAGAAGGACGGGACAUACGUAAACCGCAUAGUUCAAAACCCUGGGAUCGCGAAUGAAGGGCAAAAGGACGACAAUGAUCCUUCGCCUGAAAGUAAUGGGGAAAAUGGUGAACUGGGCUUGAAAAGGAGCAGGGAUCGGCUGUUGGAAGAAGCCAGACAGAGCGUGCCGGAGCCCGGAUCUGGAAGAGUGAUGCAUUUGGUGAAGGCGUUUGAGAAACUCCGUAUGAUGCCAAAAUUGGGUGAUUCUGAAGAAAAAGAGGCGGAGGAAAUGGAGGAUGAUAAGAAGGGGAUGAAAUGGGCAUUGCCUGGGCUGCAACAAGCUCCUAAGGCUUCAGAAACGCGGGUUUCUUCUUCUUCUUUAUGUCCGUCAGAUUUUUUUCUUACAUCAGAGAGCUUAGGUCUGGACUCCUGUCGUUCUUUUUCUUUAGACAGCAGCCAAGGAAGCACAAGAACUUCUGCUGGUGGUCGGAAAAGCAGGCGAAGCAGCAGCGAAUCAUCUGUAACCGUCACUAGAAGACAUGGGAAGAGGAAGCAGCAGAAAGCCACCUCUCAAAAACCUUUCAUGCUCAGAACAGAGCAAAGAGGAAGAUACAAGGAGGAAGAGUUCACGAAGAAGUUGCAACAAAUGAUGGAGGAACAGGAGAAACUGCGUGUACCAAUUGCUCAAGGCCUUCCUUGGACAACUGAUCAACCAGAGUGUUUGGUGAAGCCUCCAGUUAAAGAAAACACAAGGCCUGUAGACCUGGUCUUGCACAGUGAUUCAAGGGCUUUGGAGCGUGCAGAGUUUGAUGAUCAGGUGGCCAAGAAAAUGAAUCUAAUUGAACAGUACCGGAUGGAAAGGGAGAGAGAACAGAAGCUGGCGAAAGAAGAGGAAAUCAGGAGACUGAGGAAGGAGCUGGUUCCAAAAGCUCAACCCAUGCCAUAUUUUGACAGGCCCUUCAUUCCCAGAAGGUCUACGAAACAACCCACUAUGCCUAAACAACCGAACUUCAGUGUACCUCAACACAAGAAAGUCAAAUGUUUCGUGUCCUUGGAUGACUUGUAUACACAACUGGAGUGAACCACAACACAUAAAAGAGUAGAUCUCGGUUUUGUUUUCAACAUUGUAUUUAUAUUCUUUACCUUUUGUAUAUGUUGCAAUAUUUUUUUCCGGAGAUUUGCAAUUUCUGGAUACACAAACAUGGUCUUAUGCCGGCACAACGACGUGCCAUGCCAAUGUGAAUGGAUUCCCCUCUUUAUUGGUUA